GAGGUCCUCAGGACAUAAAAGCAGGCUGUCUCGUGUAACCAAUGCGUUUCUCCUUGCUUGCCGUCAUUGCUGCUCUGACAAGUGCGGAUAUAACCUUUGCGCUUUGUAACAGCGUUGCGGUGGGAUGUGCUAUCCUAAGGACUCGCAAGAUUACGAAGAGUUGGCACGUCGCGAGAGUGAGUCAUGUUUCUGCCUUCGUGUUGGAGUUAUUCAUGGUUCAAUUCCUAGUGACUUGCUGAGUUGUUCAUUAUGAUCG